AUGCAAAAUAGGGCAGGUGGAUUCCCAAGCUCAGGAGACAGAAUGAAGUUGAUACAGGGAAAGAAGCCUUUGGUUGCAGCAUUCUUACUCUUGGCUGCUACUCACUGUGCCAGCCGCAGGAGCAGCAGUCUGGCCUGCCAUCCUGUCAAUGCCACCAUAGCAGCUGAAAAAGAUGAUUGCCCCGUCUGCAUGACCAUCACCACCUCCAUCUGCAGUGGCUACUGUGAGACUAGGGAGAUGUUGUGGAAGACUAUCCUCUCGUCUUUCAAUCAAAGAGUCUGCACCUACAAGGAGGUACGCUAUGAGACCAUGCUCCUGCAAGGGUGUCCGUCAGGCGUUGACCCAUCCUUCAUGUACCCUGUGGCUAUCAGUUGCCACUGUGACCUCUGUAAAAUGGAUUCCAGUGACUGCACCGUUCAGAGCACUGGGCCCAACUCCUGCAGCAAUCAAGCCAUCUUUGCCUAA